AAAACAGGAAAUGACUUCGUGUUUCAGAGAAAACAAAACUCAGAGACUCUCUCUCUUUCUCUCUCUGUCUCGCAGUGUGUGAGUUCAGGAAAAUGGCCGAGGCCAGUAUUUCAGUAGAUCAGCUUUCAGUGGACCAGUUCAUCUGUCCAGUGUGUCUGGAUCUACUGAAGGAUCCAGUGACGAUCAACUGUGGUCACAGUUUUUGUAAGGUGUGUAUUAAUGACUGCUGGGAUCAGGAUGAUAAGAGAGGAGUUUAUCGCUGUCCUCAGUGCAGAGACACUUUCACUCCAAGGCCUGUUCUACGCAGAAACAACAUGCUGGAUGAAGUGGUGGAGAAACUGAAGAAGACGACUGAAGUCCAAGCUGCUUCUCCUGCUCACUGUUACGCUGGACCUGGAGAUGUGGAGUGUGAUUUCUGCACCGGGAAAAAACACAAAGCCGUCAAGUCCUGUCUGGUGUGUGUGGCUUCCCUUUGUGAAACUCACUUAAAACCUCAUCUUGAAAUUCCUGCUUUAAAAAAGCACAAGUUAGUCAAAGCUUCUGGAAAUCUACAAGAGAAGAUCUGCUCUCAGCAUGAUAAAGUACUGGAGAUCUACUGUCGUACUGACCAAAGCUUCAUCUGUUAUCUCUGUACGAUGCAUGAACACAGAGGUCAUGACACAGUCGCAGCUGCAGCGGAAAGAACUGAAAAACAGAGUGAGUUAAAGGAGGAGCAGAUGAAAUCCCAGCAGAGAAUCCAGGAGAAGCAGAAGAAGGUGCAGGAGCUGAAACAGGCUGUGAACACUAUAAAGCGCAGUGCACAGACAGCAGUGGAGGACAGUGAGAGGAUCUUUACUGAGCUGAUCAGCUCCAUGGAGAAAAAGCGCUCGGAGGUGAGGAAGCUGAUCAGAGAUCAAGAGAAGGCUGAACUGAGUCGAGCUGAACGACUCCUGGAGCAACUGGAGCAGGAGAUUGCUGAUCUUCAGAGGAGAGUCACUGAGCUGGAGCAGCUUUCACACACACACGAUCACAUCCAUUUCCUCCAGAGUUUUCAGUCUCUCUGUGUCUCUUCUGGACGUGAGGACUCACCCAGCAUCACUGUCAAUCAACACCUCUCAUUUGAUGGAGUGAGGAAAUCUCUCUCUGAUCUGAAAAAGAGACUCGAGGAAUUCUACCAGGAGGAAUUCAUCAAAAUCCCUGAACAUGCUGCAGCAGUUCAGAUGAUUUUACCCUCAGAACCAAAGAGCAGAGAUGAUUUUCUGCCCUAUUUCUGUGAUCUGACUCUGGAUCCCAACACAGUAAAUUGCCACCUCAUUCUGUCUGAGAAGAACAGAGUGGUGACGCGCAGUGAGAGAAAGCAGCCGUACUCUGAUCAUCCAGAGAGAUUUGAGUCCUUCAAUCAGGUGUUGUGUAAGGAGAGAGUGUGUGGACGCUGUUACUGGGAGGUGGAGUGGAGCAGUGAGGGAUGUGUGUUCAUAUCAGUCUCAUAUAAAGACAUCAGAAGGAAAGGACGGGGUAAAGAGUGUUGGUUUGGACGCAACAAUCAGUCCUGGAGUCUGUGCUGUUCUUCUUCUUUUUCUCUCUCUUUCCAUCACAACAACAUUCAGACUGAUCUCAGAGUUCCAUCCCCCUCCAGAAUAGGAGUGCAUGUGGAUCACAGUGCAGGAACUCUGUCCUUCUACAGCGUCUCUGACACGAUGAAGCUCCUCCACAGAGUCCACACCACAUUCACUCAGCCUCUAUACGCUGGAUUCAAUUUACUUGAUUAUGGAUCAACUGUGAGAUUGUGUGAUCCAAAAUAAAAUAUUAAAUGAUUGGAUGUUUUUAAAAUUAAGAUGAACAGCUUUACUUUUAUAUAGAGUUUUUAAGUCCAAUAAAGAUGGAACAUGAGGAAAGUCUUUUACAGACCCUCCAGGAUUUCGCAAUGUUGCGAUUUGCAACUUCAACGCAAAUUCAACCAAUCCCCACGAAUUCAGGGCGGUGUUGCAAUUAUAUCCAAUCUCCGCAACUUUCCCACAAAUUUGACCAAUCAUUGGCAUCGUCUUGAGGUGACGUCGACAAACUACCUUCCGCCUUACUUCCGUGUAUACGUUCAAGAGAAGCAGCAUGUGCGAGUCAGUGUUUAUGUAGGCUUAAAUUCUGUUACUGAAAGUGUGUUAUGUUUACAGUGAAGGACUGUGUGCACUUUACAUUAUUUUUUACUUAAUACAAGAAAUUAAUGGAUGCCAACAUUUUUGCCAAAAUGGUAUUUUAUUUUCCAUUGUUUAGGCAGCUUCAGCAUCAUACUGUGAGAUUCUGUUCAAAUUUUUUUUCUUCUAUGAAGCCUGAGCCAUUUAUUUUAUUAGUUUAAAUUAUUGUUUAAUUUAGUCUUCAGGAGAGACUGCCUGCACACAGUACUAGUAUUAAUAGUUUUUUUCUUACAUGAAAGCUGAGGCAUUUAUAUUAUAUUUUAAGGUAACUUCAUGUUGUGCUGUGAGGUUCUCUGCACUUUAACUUUUGAACCAGCAGGUGCAUUUGGAUAAGUAAAGCCUAUUUUUCUGCAUUUUUGUAGGCCUGGUAAUCUUUUAUAUUGGUAAAGUUGUUUAUAGAGAUCUUGCAUGUGACGUCACAGCCGAUCCAGAUUGUGACAGACGCCAUCGUGUCGGUCAAACGCCAUAUUCCGCCUUCUACUUCUACCUUUUCUUCUGGAAAACCCUACUAUAUACAAUUCUACUACAACGGCUGCGGCUACAAGCUCUCCCUACCUGUGCACGGUUUUUAUGUUUUUUGUGUGUAUUUUUGCGUGUUGUUCGUCUGUACCGGACUUCAAUAUCCACUACAACCGUAUGGACUUACUGGACAUUGGUUUCCAGCAGAAAAUGACGGUUUGUAGCGAUUCCCAUCGCAUGCACAACAUUCCGGACGAGGAAAAAAAAAAAAACAUUCCGGACGAGACCAGAUUGCGAGACCAGCGGGGUCUCCGUGGAUUGUUAUCGGAAGCAAAGGGAAGGAGGCGGCGCCGGGAGCCGAAGCAAAAGCGAGGCUACAGGCAGAGCUGGCCUGUUGACUAAGCUCAGAAAACAGCUACUCAAACCUCCACUGCCAAGCCUCUACCUCUCCAACGCCAGAUCCAUGUAAACAACACGGACGAUUUGGAAUUACCUUAUUCUAUUCUAUAAUCGGCAGGUCAGUGCUAUACUCAAUACUUAAGUGACUUACCCAUCCAGUGAGGAUCAUUUUCUUGCUUACAAGAUGCCACAUCUGAGUCGCUGACAAAUCCUGAAUUUCUGUAAAGAAAACUGUCCAGAGAUUUAUAAGCACGCAGUGCUUCACCACUAAACAGCGAGGGAAAGUUGAUGAGGUAAAUAAUACACGUCCGGGUAUUCCGCUGGCAGUUCAAAAUCCGGUCGUGAAAACUCCGGAAAGCCAUAAGGGUCACAAAUCUGUAGAUCGUUUAUUAUCUAGUUAUCUGUUCAUUAGAAAAAUGAGCCGUGUAGUCCGUCGGUUGAAAUUGAUCCAUUCUGUACACGAGUGCAGCAGUAUUCAGCGGUGUUUUUGACCGACACGAUGGCGGUUGUGUACUUUCCGGUCACGUGACUGCAAGAUCUCUAUAGGACCAUUUCUCAGUGUCUUUGUUCUUUUAAUCAAUAGUUUUUCAGUAAUAACUUAAUAUUUAACAUAUCACUCAAAUUUUAAUCACAAAACGAGAAAAUCGCAACAAUUUCUUGCAACUUUCACUUCCUCCCGCAAUGUAAUCGCAACAAAAACCUAAAAAACACCACAACUUUCAUCGCAAUUUUUUGAAAACCCCCCCCCGCAACAUCAGACAUUUUAGCCCACAACAAUCACAAAAAAGGCCCACGAAAUCCUGGGGGGACUGCUUUUAGAUUUUCUAAUAUUUAUUUAUAAUAUGAGAUCUUCAUUUCUCUGUCUUUUGGGAGAUUUAAUAUUAUAAUUGCGACCAUUAUAUAAAAAUAUCAGAACUUAAAAAAAAAAAAAUCUGCAUUAUCAUAACUGCUAUAAUUGCUGGCACAUUAUUUUUUUAAAUAUUCAAAUGAAAUUUUCCAGCUUUACAGUUUUAUUAAUAUUAGAUUAAUGAUCAUUGUAUCACUUUGACAAACUUGUAUUGUAAUCUCAGAGGAAAUGAAAAUGAAUCGCAGUAAUGUGUUGUUCUUCUGUCUGUAUCUCAUUAUAUUAUCUGUCUACUGACUCUCAAUUAUAGCAAAACAUCAAGUGUAUAAUAUUAUUAAAUUAUUAAUAUUUCCUCAAAUAUUUCUCAGUGAAUGUUGUUUUUUUUUUCUUUCUAUAAAUCACCAGGGUUGAUAAUGUACGUAGCUAACAAGCUAAGAAUUCAGGAAAGUGUUAGCAUAACAGCUAACAGAUUAGCAUCGUGAAUUUUGUUAAGUUCACUAAUUAUUAAUCUUCCACAUGAAUCAUUAAGUCUGCCCUUGUCCUGUAUAUUCAGUCACAAUUUCCUGUAAACAUCUUGUGAUAAACUGUAAAUCUGUUGUUGGAGGACUGGAAUAUAAUUAUUCUGCCCUUGUUAGUUGUUGUGAACUUGGCAGAUCGCGAACAGAGUUCUUCAAUAAACACCGAGUCAGCAGGGGAGUUUCUCAAAUGUUUACUGUGGAAUCGCUGUGAAACUGUAAUAUAAAAAUAAAAAACGUUACAUGUU